AUGGAUGAAAUUGACCGAGUUAAAACCUUAAGUAACCUUCUACAAACAAGAAAUCUAGAAAAUGCACCAUCAAGACAUGCGUGGAUCAACAUGACGACAUCAUUAGUUAUAGUCACUAUACUUUUAGCCAUCAUUAUAUACUUUGGUAUGAAGAAAUACCGCUCAGCACGAAAACCAGAAAAGGAAGCCAGCCAGAAAAUAGAAGAACCCCUAUUUUCCGCUCUGAUAAGGGAGGAGUUAUAA